AUGAGUCUAAUGCGUGCUUAUGUGAGAGUUAAAUAUGGAAUUUAUUUGGAUAGCUCUAGUGAUGAAGAAGAGAAAGCUUUGCUAAUGUUUACACAACUAUGUUUGGAUGAACUAUUGCAUAUUAUUAGACAACCGAUACCCAGGAAGGUACAAACACGUAGUUUAAUAACGCGUGAUCGAGUGUGGCAUGAUGCCAAAAUGAUGAAUGAUUAUAUUACGCCUGGAACUGGCUAUACCUCAAGACAAUUCAAACAACGUCUAGGAAUGAGGGAAGGCUUAUUCGAGAAAUUUUUAGGAAAAUUGCUUGAAGUUGAUCCAGAAUGGCACCAAUGUCCAGAUGGAACCGAUACUAUGGGGCAUUCUCCACAUAUGAAAUUAGUUGUCGUGAUGAAAUGUUUAUGCAAAAGUACGGCAGUUGAUAGUGUUAAUGAUUACACUCGUAUGGGUGCAACUACAAUAUACAUGUAUCUAAAAAUAUUUUUCCACACCAUUUGCAUGACUUUUGGAGAAACCUUUGGAGAAAGAUAUUUGCGUGAACCCACUCCUGGAGAUUUUCAUAGGUUGCUAGCUAAGAAUGCGGAACGAGGUUUUCCUGGAAUGCUCGGUAGUGUUGAUUGUAUACAAUGGCCAUGA